AUGGCGAUCACGACGCCUUUCCAGACGCUGUUUGCGGUGCCGAUGACCUGCGAGAGUUGUGUCAAGGACGUGUCUAGUUCCUUAUACAAGCUCAACGGCAUUCAAAAGGUCGAGGCAAAUCUCAAAGAUCAACUUGUCUCCGUUGAAGGAACAGCGGCCCCUUCCGCAAUAGUAGCUUCAAUCCAAGCUACGGGAAGGGAUGCCAUUUUAAGAGGAUCAGGAGGCUCAAAUAACGCAGCAGUCUGCAUUCUUGAGACACAUUCCGAAUCCGUGUCAGAAAAAGUGAGAGGUCUGGCUCGUAUGGUUCAGGUUGCUCCAAAUAUAACACUUAUUGACCUUACGAUUCGUGGACUCGCGCCUGGAAACUACUUGGCCUCAGUACGGCAGACUGGAGACAUAUCGCGAGGUGUUGCUUCCAUCGGUGGUAUUUGGAGUGAUCCCAAGGACAGUCCACUCAAGCCCAAAGGAGUCUUUGGAACUGUUCAAGUGGGCAACGAUGGUACUGGAAGUGUGUUCCUGGACAAGCCAGUACAGAUAUGGGAAAUAAUAGGAAGAGGAAUGGUUGUGUCAAAACAGAUUGAAGGGGAGGCAAAGCCGGAGCAGAAUGAUGAUAACACACUUGUUGGUGUGAUUGCAAGGAGCGCAGGGGUUUGGGAUAACGACAAGACCGUAUGCUCAUGCUCAGGGAAGACAUUAUGGGAGGAGAGAAAAGAUGAGGUGAAGAAGGGCAUGCUCUGA